AUGAGUCGUGCUUUAUCCUUGGCUGUGACUGGCGCGCUCGACUUGCGCGCUCUGGGCGCAGCAGAGCUCGCGGCCGUGGUCCUGCGCCGGCCCGAGCCCAUUCUGCUGCCGCGCCGCGGACGCAUGGUGCGCGCAGGCGUCUUUGCACGGCAGGGCACGUACGCCGACGACUUCAGGUUCCAGCGGCUGAUCCAGGCGCUGAACCAGGGCGUGCGCGGCGACUUUGCGCGGGCCGCAUGUCGCGACGAGGCCGUCGUGCGCCAGUUCGUGCUCCCGCACUCCCAGAGCCGUGCCUUGAGCCGUUCUGCUGACUGGCGAGCGCAGCUGGGCCAGCUGCAAAAAACCGAGUUUGGACGGUACGUGGCGCAGCUGGUGAGCAGCGCGGACGACGAGGAGGCCGAGCGGGCGGUUCUGCGUCUUCUGGGCACCGAGUACGAGUUCUCGCACACGGCCGCCACGCUGGACGUGAUCUGUCGGUAUUUAUACAAUCGCGGCAAGUGGCGCGAGGUUGUGGCGAUGCUGGACGUCUACUCGCAGUGGCGCAAGACGCCGGCCGUCGCCACGUACAACAGGGCGAUCGCGGCAAAACGGCAGCUGCGCCACCGCGACGAGGACGACUUCGAGAGCUGGCACGCUCGACGGCCGGCUCGCGUGUCUGGGCGUGAUGUCGUUCAAGCAGAUCGACGUCGAGUCGCUGGUGGGGCCCGUCGUGGCGCAGGCGGCAGAGAAGCUGGGCGGAACCAGAAUCGGCAAAAAAUUUCUGUUCCCCAGUUGUUUGAGAGUGCACUUUUCAAAGCUGUUCUUGGCACGCAUGCUGGCGCACAGCGGGCCACAGAUGGCGUUCCGGUACCUGGACUGGACGCGGACGCCGCUGAGCCCGCGGCUGGUGGCACUGUUGGUGCUCUUUUUCCUGCAACGGCAGCCGUGCGAGAUCUGGAACGCGGUGGCAGCAAUCAACUAUUUCCGCACGCACUACGGGUACAGAGUGGACUCGAAGUACGACAAGCUGCUGGUGAUCAAGCCGCUGUACAACGCGGCGCGCGAACGGCAGCUGGACACACGAGUGCUGAAAGUGCUGUACCACGAGUCGUUCUGGCAGGACCGAAACGGGGCUGUGCACAGCUCUGUGAAAAAGUCCCGGCUCGAGGGAGCCGUGGCAGAGCCGCUCACCGAGAGCGACCGCGCGUGGGCACGGGACGUGAUGGACAUCUGCUGGCCUGUCGACCAGACGGGCGCGCCGCUGGUCGACGAGCCGGGCCAGACGUUUCUAGACAAGUCGCGUCAUCUGGGCAACAAUGCAUACAAGAUAAAUAUUGUUAG